AUGGCGAACAACCAGGCGUUCAUGCAGCUCAUUGGCCCCACGGUGCUCUUCAUUGCGUUGGCCCCGGGGUUCCUCCUAACGAUCCCCGGUGACCGCAAGCCGAUCGAGACAGGCGCGGACAACCAGAAGGUGCGCCCGGCGCAGGUGCUGACGCACGCCGGGGUGUUCGCGGGCGCCUACUACGGCUGGUUGCGCUUCAUGUCCAACAACGCGCGCGCGGUGCGCAAGCCUUAG